AUGGAACCGAUGUUGCCAGUAAUAGGAAAGAAAUGUUUUCAGCAUACGGGAAGCGCUGCAACAUUAUCUUUGUGCCGUAUCUCUUUGCGUGAAGUAUGUUUCAUCUCUUUGUCUAAUAUUCUUCAGCUCGUCACCAAUGCUUUUGCAAUUACUGAUGACACUUUCAAAACGCUGGGAACAGGACUUUAUAUUGGCAUUUCUGCCCAAGACCAUUCCUGUACGCCAGACGUUUUUGUGUAUUUUGAAGGCUCUACAGCUGUGAUGCGUUCUCCGGAAGUUGGAAAAAAGAUAGUUGGAAAAGAUCGGUCAACACGGACUGUUGUGCGAGUGGAUUCUGCCUGGUCGAUUCCAGUGAUGAUUGGAACACACAUCCCCCAAUAUGCCAUGGAACUUAACGCGAAAGCUAAAAUGGAGCUCAACAACAUAGCGGUCAUUGGCACUUCACCAGCUGAAAUUUUCGAGCAUUGGUUGCGUGUAUACGGAAAAUUCGCUGAGGUUUUAUCACCAUACAACACAUUUCUGGUUAGCAUUGGGCAAAAACUUCUUUUGGCGGCAGAAAGCGUUGGGCAGAUGAAUCUCUUAGACAAGUAUGACGACAUCGGUUUAGCAGCUUACAGAAGAUAUCUUCCUCGAGGUCACCCGGAAUUAACACAGCGCUUACGACUAGCCUUUCUGAGGAAGAUGCACCAUAGUUCUCCUCAGGAACAUCGCCCUCUACUUCUAGAGGCUUAUGACAGUGCUGUUCUUAGCCAUGGUGACGAUCACCCCAUUACUCUGGAGUUGUCAUCGUAUAUAUCUGGAUAA